AUGGAAAUGCAGGAUCUCGCCAGUCCUCACAGUCGAGUAAGUGGAAGUAGCGAAUCUCCUACCGGUGCCAACCUUGACAACUCCCACAUCCAUAACAACAAUUCCAUGACACCCAAUGGCACUGAAGGUGACAGCAUCACAAUGCUCACCACUGCAGACUGGUUGUUAGGUUCUAACUCGCAAUCUGCCUCAGUUAAAAGUGAGCCAAUGAGCAGCAGCGACAUUGCCGCCUCAGUAGCAGACACGUCACUGGACAGCUUUUCCGGAUCAGCUAUUGGAAGCAGUGGCUUCAGCCCAAGACAAACGCACCAGUACUCCCCGCAGAUUUACCCUUCCAACAGGACGUAUCCGCAUAUUCUUCCGACCCCUUCGUCCCAAAAUAUGGCCGCGUACGGGCAGACGCAGUACACCACAGGAAUGCAGCAGGCCGCGGCUUACGCUAGCUACCCCCAGCCUGGCCAGCCCUAUGGCAUCCCAGCUUACGGCAUCAAGACGGAAAGCGGCCUGAGCCAGUCGCAGUCACCUGGCCAGACGGGCUUCCUCGGCUACGGCUCGGGCUUCAGCACACCACAGACGGGGCAGGCGCCGUACAGCUACCAAAUGCAGGGUGGUACUUUCACAACAACGUCUGGAUUAUACAACAACAACUCCCUGACGAACUCGACGGGCUUUAACAGCACGCAACAGGAGUACCCUGGCUAUCCUGCUUUCGGCCAGGGUCAGUACGCACAGUAUUACAACAGUUCGCCCUACACGUCGCCCUACAUGACAAGCAACAACACCAGCCCCAACACGCCUUCAACCACUACUACUUAUACGCUGCAGGAGCCCCCGGCUGCUAUCACUAGCCAGGCCUUGACGGACAAUCCUGCAGCGGAGUACAGUACCAUCCACAGUCCAUCAACCCCCAUUAAAGAUUCAGAUUCGGAUCGAUUGCGCCGAGCCUCGGAUGGAAAGUCACGUGGUCGGGGCAGGAGGAACAACAACCCGUCGCCGCCGCCCGACUCCGACCUUGAGCGAGUAUUCAUCUGGGAUCUGGAUGAAACAAUCAUCGUUUUCCAUUCCUUGCUCACGGGCUCCUACGCCAACAGAUAUGGACGGGACCCGCCAUCGUCGGUAUCAUUAGGACUACGAAUGGAAGAAAUGAUCUUCAACUUGGCCGACACGCAUUUAUUCUUUAACGACUUAGAGGAAUGUGACCAGGUACAUAUCGACGACGUCUCUUCGGAUGACAACGGUCAGGAUUUAAGCACGUACAAUUUCGGCGCCGACGGCUUCCACGCGGCGGCCACCAGCGCCAACCUCUGCCUAGCCACAGGUGUGCGCGGAGGCGUGGACUGGAUGAGAAAGUUGGCCUUCCGCUACAGACGAGUGAAAGAAAUCUACACCACUUACAAAAAUAACGUCGGAGGUCUCCUGGGCCCGGCCAAGAGGGAAGCCUGGUUGCAAUUGCGAGCAGAAAUUGAAGCCUUGACGGACUCCUGGUUAACACUGGCACUGAAAGCACUAACGUUAAUCCACUCAAGGUCCAACUGCGUGAACAUCCUAGUAACUACCACGCAACUGAUCCCAGCUUUGGCCAAAGUUCUGCUCUACGGCCUGGGCAUCGUCUUUCCUAUUGAAAAUAUUUAUAGCGCAACUAAAAUAGGUAAGGAGAGCUGCUUCGAGAGAGUCGUCCAGAGGUUCGGCAGGAAAGUUGUUUACAUUGUAGUCGGAGACGGUGUGGAAGAGGAGCAAGGCUCCAAAAAGCACAACAUGCCCUUUUGGAGAAUCUCCAGCCACUCGGACCUCAUGGCCCUUCACCACGCUCUCGACCUGGAGUACCUGUAG